GUCUCCGCAUCACGGACCCAGCACGUGCUAACUACAUCUAUGAGAAGUUGAAGUCACUACCUGUUAAGUUAGACAUCUCAGAACAGAAACCCAAGGCGGAGCAUGUCGAUCAGGACCAGCAACUAGCCAAGCAGAGUAGCGACCUGAAGGACAGCCUCAUCUCCGUUAUGGGCGAAAAGCUGGGCCUGUUUGGCCAGGAGAUCACGAGCCGCAUCUCGAAUGUUUCCAACCGACUGGAAAGCCUAGAGAAGCGACAGGUGCAGGGCCAGCAUGAUAACCAGAGGAACACGGGACCCGGCAACAACUGGGGCGUUGGAAGUAGCAACCACAUCCAGGCUUCUUCUACUUCUUCAUCUAGUUCUAUCUCUAGUAACAACAUCAACAAUUUCCACUACAAUAAGAUUGCGAACCGUAGUGGCUCCACCCAGAACAAGAGGUGCUCCACGACUACUACAGCGGCGUGCAACAUCCAACAACAGCAACCACAACGUAGCCCCUUGGCGCAAGUACUCAGUAAUGCCGUUAUUAGUGCGAAGGAGAAUACGAAAAAUCGCAAAAUGAAAGAUACUAGUGCUGUAGAUAUCUCCCCUCGCACUAAGACCCAGAAGAAUGAAGAGGCACUUAAAAACUUUAAGGCCAAGCAGUUGAGACAGGAGACUGAGGCCUGCGACGACCUGCUGCACAAGACCUACACUGAUACCAUUGAACAUCUCAUCAAGAAUAAGAUCCGCCGCAACCCGUUUGAUAAUAAGGCUGAGCACUUUGAUACGGCUUUUGGCAAUGAGAUCAGCGUUCUCCAGGCGAAGCUGGCAUGUAAGAAACCAGCUAAGCCCAUAACCCGCCGCCGGGAGGCCCUCUUGGAGUGCUUGGCGGAACACCAAGACUCCACCAUGCAGCUGAGUGCGACUACGGUGGGCUCGAAGAUCGCUGAGAAAGUGAGAGCCAUCAUCAAGAACCACACAACAGAGAACUACAUCGAUGGCUUUAAGGCGAAGCUGAAGCUGCGUGAGAAUGAUGAGUACUCACUCUUCUGCGUUAUCGCUGCCACGAGUGUCAUGUCAGAGCUGCGUGCCGUGCAGAGGGAGGAACGAGAGGCCAUCGAGCGCGCUGAGCGCUAUGCGCGCGACAAUGGUAAGGAGGACGACGAUGAGUUCUCGCCCCUUGGUGGUAGUAAGAAGUAUGAGGAGACGCUCUCUGAGGCCGAGGAGGACUUCAUGUCGGAUUUCUUGACCGGCAACAGCAACAACGAUGAAGGGAAUCAAGCUGGUGGCGCCAGAGAUGUUGAGAUGGGAGUAACCACAACUACAACGACGACAGGAGGAAAAGGAGGUGGCAUCAAUGACUGGGAGGCGGUCGACGGCGAAAUCUUCGACCUGGAGGAGAUGCCGGACUUGUUGGGCCUGGGUGUCGAUGGCGACUUCAUCCAGAUGGACACCCAGGGCACCUUUUCCUUUAACCCGUCCCAGCCAAGUGGUGCGGUGUCGUCCUCGCGACGCGCUGGAAGAGGAAACUCCUCCUUCUGA